AUGUUCACGUCUGCGGCGUUUAAAUUCAUGGAGUUUUCAAGUGGUGCAAGACGAUCGGCAACUUACACGACUGAGAGUAGCUUUUGUCCGCGAGUCGCUAAGGAGUUGCUUGAAGUGAAAGGCGUGGAUAAAGUCACAGUGGGAGACGGUUUUUUAUCAAUUAUUGCGUCACGCCCGAGCGGAAGGGAAUUUGCUUUUGCUGAAGAACAACUUGCCGCAUUCAAAUCUAUACUGGACAAGGCAGCUGUGGAGCCAGAAAAUUACCUCAGUGGGGACAGUACGGUGACAGAGAGAGCGCCCUCGAGUAGUAGUAAUGAGGUUGAGGAGAGAAUACAGUCACUGUUGGAUACGAGAGUAAGGCCUGUGAUCGCCCAAGACGGAGGCGACUGUGAAUUCAUCAGCUUUGACUCGCAGACCGGUAGGGUGACUCUGGCGUUACACGGUUCUUGUGAAGGGUGCCCACAGUCCGUUAAGACGCUUAAAGACUCCAUUGAAAGGACGUUGAAAUUUUACGUGGAAGAAGUAUCUUCUGUGGAGCAAGCGGAUAAAGAGGAAGGCCAAGUCGAAUCGCCGUAUAUUUAUCAUAAGCAUGUGGGCACUAGAAUGACCGAGGAGGAGAAGGAGGAGUUAGCAGCGGUGACACCGUUGUUCAGCACAUUCGCGGGAGCCACUAUCAAUGAACGGAUGAUAUCACGAAUACAUUUCUGUUCAACAGUGCAGUUGUCCAAAGAGCAGGCUGCCAGUCCAGACACUCAAGUUGUGAUCAACUGUGAAGAAUGCGGAACUCAUCGAAACGUCGAGCAUGUAGAUGACCUUCUUGUGAACGGCCCAAAAUCCUGUGGGAAAGCCGCCUUGGUCAUAUGUCCCUCAUGCAUCACAAUUCUCGAGACCAAGUCUUAGAUUGUUGGUUUUUGUCU